CUAGACUCCCAUCUGUCCUUCCAGCCCCAAAUCCAUUCACUGUCCAAAUCCGUUCUGUAUCUGCCACCCCUCUCUGCCAAUCCCUCCACUGGCCUCCAAUCAGUGUCCUCCAUCCCUCUCUGCCAAUCCCUCCACUGGCCUCUACUCAGUGUCCUCCAUCCCUCUCUGCCAAUCCCUCUACUGACCUCCACUCAGUGUCCUCCACCCCCCUCUGCCAAUCCCUCCACUGGCCUCCACUCAGUGUCCUCCACCCCCCUCUGCCAAUCCCUCCACUGGCCUCCACUCAGUGUCCUCCACACAUCUCUGCCAUUC